CUGAUGUAACUACCAGUGGGUGUCUACAAAGUGCAAAACAGAAAGUAAGAAAAAAAAACUUUGAGAGCUGCUCUGCUUGUCAGGAAUGGAGUAUAUAAAACCUGUACUAAGUACUGCAGAAACUAUAUAUACACUCCAUAAUAAGGUUAAAGCAAACAAGAAGCGUUGCACUCGCCUUGUAGAGCGAGUUCAAAUCUUAAUGGAAUGUGUGAAGAAACUGCAGGAAAAUGAGAUACAAGGGGAAGACACCAGCAUUAGUUUGCUCCUCCAGGGGCUGAAGCAUACUCUGGAUGAUGCUGAACAUUUUGUAGAAAAGAACACCAAAGAAAACUCAUUUAAAAAAGUUGUGUUUGUCUCAAAAAUCGAGCAGACAUUUUCUGACAUUAAUGAGCGUUUGACAAGUGCCUUCCAGGGUCUUUGUCUCCUAUUGCAAGCAGAGCAGUUACAUUCACUUCAAGAAGCCUUCUCCAAGUGCAACAUAGAAGAUAAAGAAGAUGCAAAGCAGGACAUAGAUCAUCUAGCUAUUCUUCAGCAGCAGCUCACCAAUGAUAAGAACGAGAUAAAGGAUGAGCUCAGAUGUGUGAAAGAAACUAUUGAAGCUGGUAUGAUAGAAAUGAGGGACAAGAUCGAUGCAGUUACUAAAGUGAAGGAGAGUCAACCCCCAUGUGAAGCACCAGCUUUAUUAGAAAUCCAGCGCUACGACAUACAAAUUGAUGAAGAACUUGUUCAGGAAACUGCAGCAUCAUAUAAGCUCUACAAGGGAAAGUAUCACAAGUUUCCUGUGGCAAUAAAGCGUUUUACCAAUACUGGUUACACCAAAAGGGGAAUUCAGGAGAUUUUCCGCAAAGAGGUUGAUACUUUGAAGCGAUUUGAAUGCCCGAAUAUUUUGCGAAUGUAUGGAAUCUGUAUUGUGGAACAGGAAUUCAGGUCCCCAGACUUCCUGAUAGUUAUGGAAUACUGCGAGCUUGGAACACUGCGGAAUGUCUUGGACAAAAGCAAGCUUGAACUUUCAUGGCAGGAUAAGAUCCACAUGUCACUGGGUGCAGCGAGAGCCUUGUACAGGUUGCAUCUCUCAGAAGAAAAGUUCAAAGUGCAUGGUUGCAUCAACAGCUCACGAUUUCUAGUGGCCAAAGGAUUGCAAGUAAAGCUAUCAGGCUUUGAGCUUGCACAGACUGAGACCUCCCUCAAGAGGAAUGUCAAAAGUGGAAGGCAGAAGUCUGUGAGGUCUAUACCCUACAUGUCACCCGAACAACUGAAAAACAUCAACCACCCUUUCAACAAAGCAUGUGAGAUGUAUAGCUUUGGGAUUGUUUUGUGGGAGAUAGCAACCCGUGCAGUACCAUUUAAAGAUCGUACCAAUCAGGAGGUCAUAGAUGUAGUUGUAAACAAGCAGUAUCAGGAGCCUCUGCUACCGGACUGCCCACAGUCCUUCCAGGAAAUCAUCGACUCCUGCAGAUCCCAUGACAGUUUUCUACGACCUACAUCUGGCGUAAUCGUUGACCAUCUGGAAAGGCUGGAAAGUGCUGUUACUACUUGAACUGACUGAAACAGAUUGAUUAAAGGCCUGCUGUCCUCUUCAUCUCAUGGACUGAACAGUGGUGUAUUAGUGAAGAUGAUUUUGUGCCUGUCAAUACCAUUCACAGAUUUCUGGAUCACAACAGUUAUAUGAUGCAGCUAAGACAAGUAAAUAUGUUGGGCUUUAGAGUAUAAUGUAUUGUUUUUCUUCUUAUAUCUUGCCACUCUAGUCUGCCGGUUUUGUCACCAGUGUUAACUCCGUCUCCUAGAUCAGAUAGUUGGGUGACCAUUACCUCUUCAGCUAAUGCUGUAGUAAUUCCUCCAUCUUGUGCCAAAUGUGCAGGGGCUGUACUGAUGGAUUGUUAAUCCUGUUAUGCUACAGCAACAGCAGUUGAUGAAAAUUACAGACUCACAUUUGUGACAUUGUUAUUCUCUGCUUUUUGUGGUGUACCCCCCUGAGCCCACUGCCCUCCAGCAGCUUAGCUGCUUCACCUACCUCACAAUAACAGAUCUUAUAGGAAGGUUAGAGUGGUGGUCUUAGCCCACCAUCAUAUAGGGGUGUUAGCAAUUAUCCCAGUUACUUGCCAGUAACAUUAAUCCUCCUUACUUCUGUGGGGAUGUCCUUCCAUGGAAAUAAAAAUCUUUACCUCUUUGUGUUCACAGCUGGUAGGCCUUUAGCCCUGCUGCUGCUUUCUCUUCAGAUUCUACUGAGCAUGUGCAAGUAGUGAAGGCUACUGCACUCUUUCCCUUAUCCUAAAGACAGGUAAACUGGCCACUUUUGCUGUAUUAGUCCCUUGUCAUUGCUGACCCUGUGGUACCCAUGCCACUGUUCAAACACAAAUUAUGAAGGGUCAUAAAUUGUAAUGAGUUUGUUUGCUUGUUUACCAUGUAAGUGAAUUAAUACUUCAUAUACCUGUUCCACACAUGACUCAAGCUAAAAACAGCAAACAUAAUAUAUACAUACCCACUUCACCAGUAUGUUUUUGAUAUGUGUGAGGAAACUGUGGUACUGAGAAAAAGUAGCCAGAAGUCAGAACUGAAUGCCAAACCCUUGAGUGGUGAUGUAGAAACCAAGACUACCUCCACUCACCCACUAGUGGGCGAGCUCUAACAACACUGGCAUUCUUGCUGUCUUUCUGGUCACCACCAGGGAUUAGUCAUAAAUGGAAUAUUCCUGCACCCAUCUUGUAUCACCAUAUAAUGAGGACAGCCCGAGUCCUCACGAGCAUCCCUUUGUCCAAGCUCUCCCUCCCACAUUCUGCAUUUGGCUAUGAACUCAGGUUACUGGCAUCACAAAAGGAAACUCCACCUCUGCAUCACUGAGCCAGUAAUUCCUGCCAUUUUCUUCCAGUGACCAUUACUAAUGUCAAGUUGUGUAGCUGUGUCCAAGAGGUUAUCAUUAAUUAAAACAGUCCAUAACAAUCACAGAAUAGUAAUUACUUAACAUUUUAUUUGGAAUAUUGUUUGAAAAUUCUGUCUCCAGUUGAUGAAAGUGGCUUUUACAUAAACAUUUUUUGUGAGAAGCCUUUGUAAUCAAUUUUCAUUAGCUCAGUAUCAUUUUUAACCCACAAUGCCUCAGUUUUAGCAUGUAUUAGCAUAUAAACCUUCUGUUUACCUUCCUGAACCGUUAUUAUUAUUAUGUGAAAAAACACUAUAACCAGUCUCAAAUGAUGACUGUACUUUGCAAUGGUCUGUAUAAGAUAAUAGUCAUUAUGGGAUUUUACUGUACUGUAACUGCAGUGAGAUACUACAUCACAGUAAGAUGAAAUAUUAAUUAUGUACAUGGACAUUACUAACCACUUUCACAACUGUUUUAUCAUUUUCUGUAUGAAAACAUACAUAAAACGUCUACCUCAGGUGCAUGUACAUUUUUAGGGCAGCAGUGGGUGUUGUCCUGCAGACUUUGUGUCACACAUGUAACAGGCCUUGGACAGAAGUGUUAUUGAGCUGACAGAGCACACCUGGGCCUGUCCUAAUCAUGAUGUCUGGGGAGCCCUGUUGGCCUGUUGCAGUGAGCUGGAGAAGAAAAACCUCAUUUUAUUCCUUCUGGGGGUACACUAAUAGGCAGUUGCACACUGCAUUAUAUGUAAUAUCAGAAACUCAAGCUGCUGAAGGGAAAGGUAAAACAGUCAAUACUCAACCAGCUGUAUUCUGUUGCUGUUUUAAUUCAGACUGUAUUUUCAUAUGUGAACACAUAUUGUUAUUAAUUCUUAUUGAGCUGUUAUACCCUUUCUGUAUAAAAAUUUAUAAAAACAGUGCCUUGUGAGAAAAUGUAUGUUGUUUUCCUGGAAUUUAAAAUCAUUGUUUUCUCUGUGUAGUUCUGUAUGUAAUAAGCAUGAUAUUAGGACUGACAAAUAUAAGUUACUUCAGAAGACUA